GAGGAGAGACUCUGGAAUGGAGAAACAGAUUGUGAGCGUGCCGUCGAUCGAAGCUCUUCACUCGAUCAGCGGUGGUAUCAUCGAAAGUGGUAUCAAAUACAUCAUGUUCCCGUUGCAUCUUUUACGGUUUUGCAUAUUCGGCAUGGCAGCGGGGUCCGUCGAUUCUGAGAAGCGCGGAGAAGCAAGGCCAGCGAAGAAAGACGAGACGCGAGAUAAAAAACGGGAUGAGAAGAGCACGAAGGAACGCGAAGAGAAGAGCGCGAAGGGAAAAGAGGAGAAAAGCAAGAAGGACGUAGAUACCUCCAAAGAUAAAUCGCGGGAGUCGCGGAGGAGUUCGAAAUCUAAGGAAGACUCAUCGACUUCCAAAGAGAGUUCCAAAUUGGAGGAUAAAAACGAGGAAUCCAUCGACGACAUGGUGACCGCCGAGGAGGAUUCCGACUCAUCCAUGGAGCACUGGAGCAACGCGACUUGCACGUUGCCCACGGCGUCCAUGGACUACGAUAACAUCGAGAGAUCGAUGUCGCACGCGAUAGCUACGGAGCCUAUGGACAUAUCGAUGGAGGAACAGAGUCACGAGAAAUCGUAUACCGCGACGAAGACGUCCCGGGACGUUGAAAGUAAAUCCUCGAGGUUGCACGCGGAGGAGCGGGGCAGUAACUCCUCGGUGGACGAGGAGAUCGCUAGGAUCUUCCAAAAGCAGUGCACAUCCUCCGAGGACGAAGUUGCGUCCGAUCGUUGCAAGCCUUUCGUCGCCCACAAACGCGAGAGGACGAGGCAAACUAAUUUCCUUUGCAACGAGAAGAGCAACUAUUCGCGAUCGAAGGAGCAGCAGGACAAUGACAGAGAACGAACGAAGAAACCGUCCUCCGACGUUGCCCAGCACAAAAGAAGAAAGGUGACGCGCGAAGAGGAUAGGCACGAGAGGCGGGAAGAGAAGCAUGGCUCGCGUCACGAUACUCCCAGCAAACACAAGUCGCGAUCGUCGAGGACCCCGGUGAAGAGUAAAGAGUCGAAACAGAGGGAUACCAAGUACAAGGAAACGGCCACGCAAACGGACAGCGCUUUUUCGGACGAUGACGUCGAGAUGAUCCCGAUCGAUGUGAAGCUGGCUGAUAAACUGUUCUGCUGCAAGCACGCAGCCCGGAGAUCGCUGUCCAAUCACUUGCAGAGCAAGGAGGUGGAGCAGGAAUUAAAUUAUAUAGCUGACAACGAGGAUUCCGCCGAUGGGUUCAAAAGGGUGGCGCGCAAACGAAUCUCGUCGUGCAGUACAUCCUCUUCUUCGACGGAUCUUGGCUUCGACGAACGCGUGUCCGCCACUCUAGAGACACUUUCUGAUAACGCUUUCAGAAUAUGCAGUAGGGCCCCGCCAGGGUUCCCUGAACUGCCUCAGAAUCCACCGUUGACGUCCAGCCAGCAGUUUGUGGCGGUGGUGGCCUUAAAAGAUAAUUAUUCGCCGGUCGUUCAAACGGCGGCGAACGUACCGCGAGCUCCCUCGCCCAUGAGACAUCUUUAUUACAACUAUCCUGAAUUCAUGGACCUCCCUGUGAACGUGGAGUCUUCAAGAAUUUUAAAAAAUAUCUUAAGGAACAACUACUACCGGUGAUUGAGACGGAAAAAAAAAUACACAUGUGUGUAUGUGUAUAUACAGAAUUACGAACAAAUGUGCAAUAAAGACGACGCAAAGAGACCGGCGCAU